GGAGAAAAAUGCUCUGUAGAUGCACUUGUUCAGCAGCUACUGCGGACGGCUUGCGUACGCACAUGCGACUUUUUCGCGCUAGCACGCGAGCGGCAAUACACCCAGGAGAGCGAGAGAGUGAACCGGGCGACUUCCGCGGUUCGUUUCGCUCGACGGGGUCUAAGCAGGACGGCUGAGACUCGUGCUUUUCGUUUCGAGGAAAGUUUCCGAGAAGGCGGCAGAUUUUCGUGAUAAACCCUUCCGAAAGACCUCGAGACUUUCUGAGGAAAGCUCACAGCCUCGCCUCACAUGCGCUCUGCGGCUUCUAGUCAAAAACGCGCUGCAAAGAUUUCACAGCCGACUGGGCUGUCUUUUCGUAUCAUCCCUUUUCUUUCGAACAAAGUCCUCAUCUUCUCUUAACUUCUCCGUGUCUACCGCGGCCGCUGCGUUUUCCAAGCCCUCCGUUUCUUCUUUCGCAGAUCGCGGCAGCCUUACGGUCUAUCCGCGGCCUGUGUGGAUUGAAUCUUCGCCAUAGAGGCAGCGAGCGACAAUGAAGCUGCGCAUCCGGACGCUGAGCAAUGAGGAGGCGGAGCUCGAGGUCGGGGCGGAGGAGACAGUCCUGAAUGUGAAGGAAAAGGUGGAACAGCGGUGGCCUCACAUGCCUGCCGCGCGUCAGAAGCUGGUGCAUGCAGGAAAGAUUCUCGCCGACGCACAGAAGAUCAAGGACUGCUCUGCCCUCAAGGAAAACGACCGCCUCGUCGUCAUGGUCACCAAGGCUGUCUCGCAGCCUGCUGUGUCUUCCUCAACGGCGGCGUCUGCAGCUCCCGCGUCUGCCGCCUCGCCUUCGCCUGCAGAAACACAGAGAGGGAGUUCUGCAGCAGGCUCGACCGCGGGAGACGGAGAAUCUGCGAAGUCGGAGACGCCUGGGGGGUCUGGUAACGCGUCGGGCAACUCUGGAGGUCCUGCAAAUCCAGCGCAUGCGUCGUCACCCUCCUCAGCGCCCGAUGCGACUUCAGAGGGUCUCAGCCGCGCGGCCGCAGAGUCCGCGCUCUUCACAGGUCCUCAACUCGAGGAGACUUUGACGCACUUGGUCGCCAUGGGAUUUCCUCGCAGCCAAGCCGAGGAGGCGAUGCGAGCAGCCUUCAACAACCCCGACCGUGCGGUUGAGUAUUUGAUGAAUGGCAUGCCGCCUGAGGUCUCUGCAAUGCUCGGUGGAGACAGCGCAGAGACUCAGGAGGCGCAUGGCGAUGUCCCUCCGGAAGAGGGUGAUGCCGAGGGAGACGAAGACGACGAAAAUCCUCUCGGCGCUCUCAGGCACCAUCCGGCGUUCAACCAAAUUCGACAAAUGGUCCAGGCCAAUCCGGCGAUGCUGCCCCAGGUUCUGCAACUGAUUGGAAAUUCAAACCCACAGCUUCUGGAACUCAUCACGCAGAAUCAAGACGCUUUCCUGGAAAUGCUUCAGAGCGACCAGGGGGAGGGAGAGACGGGUGCGGCAGGCACAGGAGGCUUUGCUGCACCUGGGAUCAUUCAAAUGACUGCCGAGGAAAUGGAAGCUCUGCAAAGGCUCGAGUCUCUCGGCUUCUCUCGUCACCAGGCUGUUGAAGCGUAUCUUGCCUGCGACAGAAAUGAGGAAAUGGCGGCGAAUUACCUGUUUGAGAAUCUGAACGACUUGGGAGACGAUGCCGGCGAUUGAUCGCCUCCGUCGCGUCAGUCUCCCGGGUGUCUUUGUUUUCUCGCGCUGAAGCAUGUCUCCGUUUCUCCCCUCAGUCUCGUGGUGACGAAGGAGAGAAGCCGCGCAGGCUUCUUCUGCUCGGGCAACUGGAGGUAGCCUCCCUGCGGGCGUUUCGUGCAUGCGCGAAGUGCAGUGUCUGUACGCUUUCGUUUCUCUUCCGAGUCGACCGCGGUACGAGGUUGUGUGCAGACCCAGGCGACUCUUGUCUACCGAACUGCCCAGAUGUCUCCGCAGAGACCUUCUGUCAUCUGUGAAUCGCGAUUUCGUAUUUG